GGGCUGCCCCGGGCUGUGAGAGGCCGUGGGCUGAGCGGAGCUGGGAGGCGGCAGGUAGGGCUGAGCCCGAGCUCGGGGGGCGCCGAGCGAAGCGCUCGCGGCUGCGGGGAGCCGGGAUGGAGGGCAGCUGUCGGCUGGAACAGCCUCGUUAACAGGGAUCCGAGAAGCGAUCCCUUCUCCCGGCUCCUCAGCCGAACGCCGACACCAUCCCGCUUCUCCGGCACAGAGCAGCAAGAGCGUAGAGCCGUGUCUGAUCGGUUUUGCUGACCUGCAUGAAGCCACCUGUGUUCAUUUUCCUUAGGAGAUAACACAAGGAGAAGAGUCAUCAUAAGGAAACUUACACAAGUCCCAGGGGAGAAGCGGCUGGUGUGGGGUGGCUGCAAUCGCCGCGCUUACUUUGCUGAAGGAUGAACUAAAACUGCCCAACCAACCAACGAAGCUCAUGCACUUUGGGUUGCUGCAGAGCUCCAGGACUUGAGCACCUCAAAGGGAUGUGCUGGGUUGAUGCUUUUUCUUCUUCCAGGAGGAUAUUUCUGCAAUCCUGUAUAGAUUCUAUGAGCUUAAGAAGUUGUGAUGCCAUCCAUAUGAAGCACUGUGUCCUGUGACUUAUUUUGCUGGUUCUUGUCACUGGAGGAUGGCUGCCAUACUCUGUGAAAAUUGUUCUGGUCAGUACUACAUCCAGGCCAACCACCAGCCUCUCGAAAUCAGUGGCAUGUUGCUCCUGAUUAUGCUCGGAAAAGUGUUCCUUGAUGUCUUUAUGUUGCAAGUUAAGCAAAAAAAUGUGAAAGUUAGUUUUAUGGGGUACUUUUGUGUUUCGCUGGCACUUCUCGAUUUCACACUGUUGAUGAGUAUCUGUUUCAUUUUCUAUUUUGAGGACUUUGCGCUCUGCGGUGUACGAUUUACAAAGUACCACAUUUGCCUGUUCACUCAGGUAAUGUCUCUGACCUACGGUAUUUUGCAUUACCCGGUGUAUCUUGUAGCAGGUCUGGAUUAUUACCUGACCAUAGGCCAAACCUCCCAAUUUCCUAAGAGAGGUCAAAGAUUGCUUUAUGUAUCUGCUGUGGCGGUUAUAUGGAUUUCAGGGGGAUUCUGUAUUCUGAAAGUUCCAGUUGUCUAUGAAGACCUAGAAGCUCAGAACCGUUUUUCUCCUUACUGGUGUCCUCUCUAUGCCAGCAUGCAGAGCUACUCAGUCUCAUGGGCCGUGGUGCUGCUCACAGGCACGGCUCUCGCAGCUUGUUGGAAGGAAAUUACAACCAUGCUGCUGUCUGCCAGUGUGGUUUCCUUUGCCAGUCAACCUGCUCUGAUGUUCUCCUAUGUCUCCAAUAACAACGGCACUUGCUUUAAGUGGCAACUCCUGCCCAGACUCCUCAUCUGUUUUCUUGGCACUUGGGCACCUUUUGUUGUCUUUCAAAUCAUCCUCUUGUUUCUGGGUGCUCAGAUUCCAGCCUACAUGGAGAUGAACGUCCCCUGGCUGUACUUCAUCAACAGCUUUCUCAUCGCAGUAGCAUACUGGUGUCGAUGUCACGACGUUGAAUUGACAGAGGAGAUGUGGUCUACGGAUCCAUUUGUCAGCUGGAAAUUCUGCUUUAUGCCAUUUAACAAUGAAAACACAGAGCCAGCCGACAAACCGGGCACAGUAAUUGUGAUCUGUUAAUGAGCUGCUGACUGCAAA